AUGCAGCCGAACUUUCAACGCAGAUCACCUCCUCCGCCUCUUGCUCUGGACAGUGCUGCGCCUUCUACCUCUUUCGUCUUCACGUCCUCUCAGUACCAGGCAUCCUCGCCCUCAUCCCGCCAUUCGCGGCAUGCAUCUCUCAGCUCUAAACUGCUCAAAGAGCAUGCCCUCGGCGCAUUUGGCGCCAGACAGUCUCCAGAAUCUAUUCUCCCGCCCGGCUUUGUCCAGCUGGCUUCAAACACGACAAGCACCACACAGGCCACCACGCAGGCGACCAGUACGGACCCUGUCCCGUCCUCCAGCAGGCCGCUCUGGCUCCCGCGCUUCGCAACCGGCGCGCACCAGCCCCCGCCUGCCGUGCUCUCGACCCUCUCAGACUCGCCCACACACGAAAGCGACUCGUACUUUCCCCCGCAGCAUUCUUUCAAACACGGCACGAGCACAGGAAACACGUCCCCUGUGUGCUCGACAGCGUCCUCUCCCGUCACGUCCCUUCCCGUCCAAUCCUUGCCCAACAAUCAGCUUCGCGCCUCGCCUCGCAGGACCACGGGGCAUGUCGCCCACGAGCUCAGCCUCACAGAGCUCAUGAAUGGCACGAACGCCUUCGGCUCGUCAGACGACAUCCGCGACCGGGCUGGUCCCCGCUACCAAACCAUGCCUCGCCCACCCCGCCCGUCACCAAAAGCGCACGGUGAACGCAAAUUGAGAGACAAGGGUCAAGUGGAUCAGCAGGGGCUGAAGCGCCACGCGUACUCGUCCGACUCGACGAUCGUCAUCCAGGCCGACCCAAUCGAUAGUCUCAAGUCGGAGCUCCGUCGUCUUUCCGUGACCACAAAUUCUGUACCCGAGGGCGCAUCAUCGUCAAAGGAGGAUAUCGCAAAAGGCGGCGACAAGACCGAGCCAGAUGUCACGCCGUUCCCGCUUUCUCUAUGA